GUCUGGUGCUUUCAUGACAACUGGGAACUCUGAUAAAUACGAGUUCAAAUCAUAACGUCAGUGAUCUUCAGGUCGGAAACUCUGAGCUCUAGAAAGAGGCCCGAGUUCCCAAGCUGGAAUUUCGAGUUGGGUGACCAUUCAAAAUAAUUUUCAGUCUGAGCUCGUUUUUUCCCAAGUUCUCAGUUGUUUUGAACGCAGCACUCGACUCUCGCUGCGCGACAAACGUAAUAAAUUUGGGCACAAGGCAGGCGCGUACUGUAUGUAUAGCUUCUCCUUUAUUGUUUACAAGUAGCCUAGCUAGCUACUCCACGACGUGCCUUUUUUGUUGUUGAUUAAUUUAAGUAAACAUUUAUGAUGUAGCUCAUUUAAAGGAAGAUACAUGCAGAUUUUUUUGAAGAUAAGUGAAGUUAGGAAACGUGAAGUGUUUGUGUAGACAAAGUGAAGAUUGAGGACGAGAUGGAAGAUGGUACACCUGCAGGACUAUCUGUGGGAAUUGCAGACGCUGACAAUGCGCCCUCAAGCUCAUCAGCAGCAUCAACACGAAAGAGGACGUCUGAUGUGCUCAGAAAUGCUAAGCCCAAGAAGAAAAAGAAGGCCAAAGUCAGCCGCCCCCCAAGGCUUGGCUACACUGUUGAACAAGGAGAGGAUAUGCUUCUGAUCAUAUCGAAUACAAAUCAGUAUGAUAACAUAUGGCGGCCGAACGCGAAAGGAAGAAAGAAAAAGAAAAUCCUUAAAGGAAAAGCCAAAGUCAAAGUCACUCCAGCAAAGAAGAAGAAUAAGGUUCUUCCAAAGGGUAAAGCCACAAAGAAGCCACUGAUCAAAAAAAGUGGACUGGAGCCCACACUGCAACACCACCAAGAGGAGGGCUUUGACAGCUGGGGUCAGAGCCUCCCAGUGGAAGUGUUAGUUAAUAUUUUCAAGAUGGUAGUUCACCAAGAUGGUGCAGUACCAUUCCUGUGCAGGGUGGCUAAGGUGUGCCACCUAUGGAAUGCUGCUGCAGCCAGUCCUGCUCUGUGGCGCCGUGUAUCUGUGGGUUACUGCUGGUUGGAACCUGGUAAAACUCAAUUACCUAAAACAGAACUGAAGAUCAGGAACACUGUUAGCUGGCUUGCACAGAACAGAUUCUCCCAAGUAAGAGACUUUUCUCUUAAUCACUGGAAAAAAAAUGUUGACCAUGUUGUGGAGGUUGUGUCCCAGUCCUGCCCCCAUCUCCGCUCACUCAAGCUGUCAUACUGUACAGGCGUGACUGAGAAGGCCUUUCAGAGCCUCAGUGGCAGCUGCCGGUCACUGGAUAGCAUUAACGUCCAGUACUCUGAGAUACAGGUUGAAGGGCUUGUCAACUUCUUGGAAUCCUAUGGCAGUCAACUUAGACAGAUUCUGUUCACCCAUGGGCCCAGGAAUGACCGACUUCUCACUGCUAUCUCCAGAGGAUGCUGCCCUGAGUUGCAAUUGCUGGAAAUCAACACAAAACUGGACAGUGGAUAUUGCCAGCUUCCAAUUUGCAUCCAAGCUUUGCAAAAUGGCUGUCCUAAACUGCAGACUUUCCGGAUGCUGAAUGUCAUUCCGAUGCCUAAAAUGACUCGUAAUUGGUCGGGUUCCACAUCUGGCUUCCCUUUACUGGAGGAGCUGUGUAUGGCCACCACAGCUGUUUCCUUUAUGACUGACCAAGACUUGACGAAGAUUGUCUACGACUCCCCUAAACUGCGUGUGCUGGACCUGAGAGGUUGUUCCCGGAUCACAGCAGCCGGGCUCUCUUCUCUACCAUGUGAAGAGCUUGAGUGUCUGUACUGGGGACUGUACUUCAGCAGCAAUGUCACAGUGUCGUUGUCCAAGAAGGGAAUUCACCUGCUGACCCAGAAAUGGAGUGGCACCUUGCAGGAGCUCGACCUUGCCAACCAGCUCUUCUCUGAAGAAGACAUGGAGAUUGCCAUGGGCCACCUAGCUCAGAGAACCGGAGAAAACCCCRUACGUUCGCUCAAUCUUAGCGGGACCAAGGUCACAACACCUGCCCUCCGGUUAGUUAUAGGCCAGUCUACAGCACUCAAUUACUUAAACUUGUCUUCCUGCCGUUACCUUCCWAGAGGUCUGAAGAAACUGUAUCGUGGCCAAGAAGAAAUCCACCAGCUGCUGGACAAAUUAGAGUAAUCUAUUGGUCRAGUUAUUUGUUCUAAGAAUGCCUGCAAAAGGACAUUGUCUUCAAACCAAUCAUAAAAGUCAAUAUGAAUCACCCCAAUAGCUUAGCUUAGCUUUAAAACAUGGAUACUAUUGAAUAAUUGUUUUAAAUGUUUUACCAUGACCACUCAAUCCACAAUUUGUCAUUUUUGUCAUGUGUUUUAUCUUUAUGUUGGCAUUAUGAUUUUAUUCUUGACUCUCUUAAUAUGACUGGAAUGCUCUAAACUGUUGUGUAAAUAUGUUGAAUAAAAUGUGGUUUCAUUUACCUUGCUAAA